CCUCAGAGGGCGGGACGGUUUUAAAAUUGGUGCGGCUGUGUUUUGACUGUUGACAAAUCCUAUAUUUAACGUUUCCAUAAAGGUGGCUUUUUCAUUGCUGGCACCGCGGAAAGAAAGAUGUCUUCAAAAAUUCCUAGAGGUGCGCAGUUACCUGCAGAAACGAAGAAAACGGGUCAUAAAUUUGAAUCCAAAGACACAGCAACAGCAAAUGCUGCCCAAAAAUCAGAUGGUAUCCUUAAAUCUCAAAAAGAAAAUGUACCAAGAAAAAAUGUGGCUCCUAAAGUUCACAAAGGGGUCUCCACCAGGUAUGGGCAACAGGCAGAGCUCAAGGAGCAAAAUCAGCAUUUGAUGACCGUGAAUGAGGAGCUGCAGAAAAACCUCACAGAGACACAGAACAGAGUAGCUGAGUUGGAGCUGCAGUUCAGUGACCUUGAAAAGAAGAAUGCAGGGGUUGAGAAAAACCUGAAGGACUGCCAUGUUCUCCUAGUAGGAGCAAAAAUAGACCCAGUUUUAGGAGAAAGAGUUGGAGAAGCUGCUCAACAAAAUGAAGAUCAGAGGAAAGAAGCUAUGAGCAUCUCCACAGACCUGCUGAAUGAAUUAAGGACAUUUUCUGACAUUGCAUCACAGCAACGUGCACAGCUGCGGGAAAUUCAAACAACAAUGUCAGACCUCACAAAAGCACGAGAACAUAUGAUCCAAGAAAGGGAGAACUUUUCCUUGGAGGCUGCUGAAAUGGAAGAAGCUCUCAAGGAAGCAGAGGCUCUCUUACUGUAAAAGUGUACAAUAA